AUGGCGGCGUCUCAGAUUCGCAUGAAUUUCCACGAGGAAAGCGAAGCGGGAAUCAACAAACAAAUCAACUGGGAAUUGUACGCCAGUUACGUCUACUUGUCAAUGAGCUCGUAUUUUAGCCGUGAUGACGUGGCCUUGCCCGGAUUGGCCAAGUUUUUCGGCAAGGCCUCCGACGAAGAACGCGAACAUGCCCAGAAACUGAUCGCCUACCAGAACAAGCGCGGAGGACGCGUGGUUUUGAAUCCCAUUGACAAGCCCUCUCAGGACGAGUGGGGUAAUGCGAUCGAUUCUCUGGUUGCAGCAUUGGAGUUGGAGAAGACUGUCAACCAGGCAAGUGAUGAAUGCAUCAGCAGUGCCUCGCUGAUAUGUGAAAGGUGUUGGGAUAGUUUGCUGGAUUUGCAUGGAAUCGCGACCAAGCACAACGACGCGCAGUUCUGCGACUUCUUGGAAUCGGAAUAUCUGGGGGAACAGGUCGAAGCCCAGAAGGAGCUCGGUGACUUGAUAACUCAACUCAAACGAGCUGGACCCGGGCUGGGCGAGUGGCAAUUCGACCAGAUGUUGCUGCACAAAGACUGA